AUUCGGAUUAAAUCCCCUCGUUCUGUGUGCAGUACAGCAAUGUUCGAGUCGGUUUAUGAAUGUCACACAACCUCGCUUACUAAUGACACGAUACACUGUUAAAAAAAAAAUUACAAAACACCUGAAUUCCGGGAAUUAUUCACCUAUUUUAAGAACAUCCCCAAAACAGUAAAAAAUCAAACUAUGCAGGUUUCAUUUUCCCUAUAAUAAAUUAUACAAAUGGUGAAAGCAGGCGGGAUUGUUGUUGGGAUCACAUGCAGACCUUAACCGGAAAUUCAGUAAAAAGCACGGAAAAGUGCAAAACAUAGAUAAUGGAGUAUCGCGAUACUUGUACUGAACAUAGUAUUGAAGGGCUUUCUAGCGAAAUGAUGAACGAAAUCCUUCGGAUAAUUGGCCCGCCAACAGAAUCACUAAUCAGAGAAGCAGGCGAUCCUUCGUUUGAACACAUACCUUCCAACGACGUACCAAACGCUUCUUUUGAUCCAAACCAACAUCUCAUCUCUCUUCCCGAUGAAGCCUCUUAUGAACAGAGUCCAGAGCCAGUCCAAUAUCCAAAUUUCGGUCAUCCAUGCGACUCAAAUUUCUGCUACGUCGCAGACGACAACUACGGUGUGACCGCGGACAGUAACAGUCAUCCAUUCUACGGCUACCCCCACACCCUUCCAUCAUUCCACAACUCCUUUAAUCCUAUUGUCACUCCUGAAAUCAAAACGGAAGACGAUUCCGAAUAUAUUGACCAGAGUUCGUUCAUGUGUCGCAAAGGCAAAAGAGGAGCAAAGAAUGUGUUGUUAUGGAAAUUUAUCCUGGAACAGCUUCGAAGUGGCACGGAGUCCGUUCGAUGGGUCAAUCUGAAGACUGGGACGUUCCGGUUCGUGGACACGACUGACAUCAGUCGGAAAUGGGGAGAAAAGAAACGAAAAUCCGACAUGAAUUUCGAAAAAUUAAGUCGUGGAAUAAGACAUUAUUAUAAAUCUGGGUUCAUGAGCAGGGAAGACGGAACUAGAUUAGUCUACCGAUUCCAUUGGCCUAAAGUUCCGAGGGCAUGGCGGCCCAGGGAAGUGCAGUCUGAAUUUGAUAGAAGAUGCAGAAAAUAUUUUUAAAACAGUUUUAUACGACCAGAAACUUCUAGACCGACGGUUAGGCUGGGAAAGCGGCAAUGAUACGUGUACAUAGUUUUGUGAUGACUUUUUUGUUUGAAAAUAGUAUUUAUACGAUAUGCGCUUGAUUUUGACAUAUUCCGUGCCUGGACAGCUGUUGAUUCCCGAGUGUUCUUUAUAUACAUGGGUAUACACCCUUUGCUUAUAUUGAAGUAUCUCUAAGUGAGUGGUCCUUCACUCGAUUAACAUAGAUAAGUAUUUUGUAUUGGUUUAUAAUAUACAUAAUUUAAGACUUUUAUGCUAUGCCAACUCAAUUGUUUAUAGUUUGUAAUAUGAUUUUUGAAGUAAAGUCCUGUGGACAAGUAUCAAAA